AUGGCUGCCGCCUGGCCGCCGUCUAGCCAAACGGGGACAAAGUCGACGUGCACCAUGGACAAGGUGGACGGCUUCCACCGGUUCGAGGUCCGCAACUACAGCCUGAUCAAAGGCAUCUCCGCCGCCAACUGGGUAAGGUCCGGCACCUUCCCCGUCGGCGGCUACGACUGGUCCGUCGUCUUCUACCCCUCGGGAUGCCUCUACGCGCCCAGAGCAGGCAACAUGUCGCUCUACCUCGAGCUGAUGACCAGCGGCGCCACGGCGAGGGCGGCCUUCGUCGCGCGGUUCGUGAACCCGGCCACGGGGCGGUCGCGGAGGAUCCGACACAGCGGGAUCGGGCAAUACAACACGGCGCAUGCCAGGGAAGGAAUCAGCCCCAUGACGACGGCCGCGCUUGAGGCCACCUACGUCGACCGAGACAGCGACCGCCUCGUCAUCGAGGUCACCCUCACCGUCAUGGGCGAGCCCCGCACGUCCGCGGCGACACGGCUGGGCGUCCCGGCGCCGCCGUCGUCGGACCUACCGGCGCACCUGGGGCGCCUGCUGGAGUCCGGGGAGCUGGCGGACGUCACGUUCCAAGUGCGGGGGGAGAGGUUCGCCGCGCACAGGAUGGUGCUCGCCAUGAGGUCGCCGGUGUUCAAGGCGGAGCUCUUUGGGCCGAUGAGCGAGAGCGGGUGCAUCACGAUCCAAGACGUGGAUCCUGCCGUCUUCAAGCUCCUGCUCCACGUCAUCUACACGGACGCCUUCCCUGCUGCUGCCAUGCACGAUCUCGACGAGGACUCCAGCCGAGAGCUCGCGCGGCAUCUGCUCGCCGCAGCUGAUCGGUACGGCAUGGAUAGGCUCAAGGCGCAGUGCGCCAACAUCUUGUCGACCAGCCUCAACGCGCAUACUGUUGCUAGUACGUUGGCUUUAGCUGAUCUGCACGGCUGCCACCAGCUUAAGGAUGCUUGUGUUGAGUUCAUCAUCACAUUAGGCAUGGACAAUGGCUCGGUGCUAACAAGCAGGGAGGAUCACCCACACGACCAGCAGCUCGGUUGUUUCACUUUCCUCGGAUGUUUCUGCAAGGCAGUCGCCAGCAUCCUUAGAAUCCACUAA